AUGAGUGCAAUUCGAGGCUUCCUCAACGCCUUCAAGGCCCGCAGUCCCCCAAUCACUGGGAUAAUCAACCUUAAACCCCUCAGCGACUCCAACGCCCGAUUGGGGAGAGCUUUUCUCGAGCGCUGCAACCCCUUUAGAGACAUUCCCAAAGACGCGAGGCUUGAGAACACGCUGUGCGAAGUACGCUACAUCGAUCGUGUUCUUCGCGACACUCUUGUUCCUACGUCGUUACCGGGUGAUGAUUAUCACUUUUGCUCGAAAUUACUGCGCAGUUUGGAAACGAGGCGUGAUUUAACGUGGUUGGUUCUCAGGGAGACGGAUAUAAAGGAUACGAUUGGUGCUAUUGCGAGAAGAGGUGGCCGAAGGGCGCCUAUUCCCGACGAACCUCACGAUAUUCACGGCCGCGCGAAAGCUCUUGAGAGGCAUUGGUCAGCGCUGGAAAAAUGCCACACCAAGCUUCGAGAAUGGGAGCCGAAAUACGCGACGCAAUCACAACCGCCUCUUUUGGAACAAGAAGAAGCAUCUGUUCUUGAAUUGAGCGACGAACAGGCUGCGCAUGCAGAGAUUGAAUAUCGAGAAUGGCGCUCCGAUCGCGAUAGAAAAGUAUCGUAUUUAAAGUUAAAUCCACCUGAGCCAGCGGCGUUUAUACCUGUUGAGCGACGAGAUAUUCAGACGGAUGAGACAUGGAAGAUACUUCCGCCUUCGGAGAGUGAAAUCGGUAUGAGACUUUUGCCAGUGUGGACGCCGAUUAUUUUUCAGGAGGUGCCGCUUGAUUGGGAGAGUCCUGAUUCAAGUUUGAGGAGUACGCUUGGGGAGAGGAGGAGGAGGGAUGAGUUUAGGAGGAGGGAGAAUGAUAGGAGGGAGAGGAAAUAUGAGUUUCAGAAACAACUCCGUGAGGAGAUGAGUCGGUCAUGA